AGUUCUCCCCACUCGUUCGGCUAUUCACGUGUGUUUGUGUUUUUUACAGGUAAUUAUCGCCGUGUCUUCUAUCCCUCUUCGUACCUCUUACCAAAGCAAAACACCGCGUCAACAUCAAAGAUGCUGCGCCGCACCCAGACUUUCCUGAAGGUGAGCCCCUACUUCCUUUUCCUGAAGGACUUGAGCAAGGCUGGGAAGCUGAAGGGUGUGCGCAACCCCGGAAAGCAUGCGGCGAAGCAGUACCGCCAGCUCUCCUCUGCCGCGAAGUCCGCGCUGGUGAAGCGGGCGCAGUCCACCACCUUCUCCAGUGCCGAGGCGUACAAGCGGAUGGCAAAGCGUGAGAUGGCUCACAAGAACGUCCCGAUGAAGCAACGCUACGCCCAGCUGCGGCAGAAGUGGGCUGCGGUGAAGAAGGCGCAGCGCAAGGCGACGAAGCCCGCCGCUGCCAAGAAGCCGAAGAGCGCCAAGUCGAAGGUCAAGAAGGCUGGAAAGAAGGCCAAGAAGGCGUCUGCGUAG